GGCCGCGCACGACGCCUGCCCGGCGGCGCGCAGAGGCGAGAGCGAGGCUGCCGACGGAGUAGCCGCUCAGCCACCGGCAGCCGGGCCGGACUCACAGCGAGCGCCGCUGCCGCCGCCUCCCCCAGCAAGGCCCUCCCGAUGUCCGUCGCGCCGCCUCGCCUGAAGCGCUGCCGGCGCCGCCCGCUGGGGAUCCUCCUGGCCGGGCUGGCCGCCCUGCUGGCGCUGACCUUCCUGGCGGGCGGCGGCCACGAGGAGCUGCUGUCGCGCGCCCUGCCGCUCCUGCUGCCGCCGCCGGCCGGGAACGCCCCGCCGGCGCCGGCGCCGCCCUCCGCCUUCCAGCUCUCGCCGCCGCCCUGCGCCGCGCCGGCCCCGUGGCUGCUGGUGCUGGUGGCCAGCGCGCCCGGGCACGCGGCAAGGCGGGCGGCGGUGCGGCGGAGCUGGGGCGCGGCGCGGCUGGGCGGCGGGCGCGGGCUGCGCGUCCUCUUCGCGCUGGGGCUGCCGGCCGAGGCGGGGCUGCAAGCGGCGCUGGAGCGCGAGGCGGCCGAGCACGGCGACCUGCUGCAGGGCCGCUUCGCCGACACCUACGGCAACCUGACGCUGAAGACGCUGGCGCUGCUGGGCUGGGCCGCCGCCCGCUGCCCCGCCGCCCGCUUCCUGCUGAAGGCCGACGACGACGUCUACCUCAACCUGCCCGGCCUGGCGCGGGAGCUGGACCGGCUGGGCGGCCCGCCCGACGCCGCCGCCUACCUGGGCCGCGUCCACUGGCACGUGGCGCCCACCCGCGACCCGCGCAGCCGCCACUACGUGCCGGCCCGGCUCUACCCGGAGGCCGCCUUCCCGCCCUACUGCAGCGGCACCGCCUACGCGCUCUCCGCCCCGGCCGCGGGCGCCGUGCUGGCCGCCGCCCGCCACCUGCCGCUGGUGCCCCUGGAGGACGCCUUCGUGGGCCUCUGCGCCCGCCGCGCCGGCAUCGCCCCGCGCCACCUGGCCCGCCUGGCCGGCUCCGCCCGCUUCCCGCCCGACGCCUGCUGCUACCGGGAGGUGCUCUUCAGCGCGCACCGCGUGACGGCCGCCGAGAUGCUGGCCGUGGCCGCCGCCCCCGAGCCCUCCUGCACCGCCUGGCAGCGCCUGCUGGGCCUGGUCCGCUGCAAGCUGCUGUCCUGGCUGUCCUCGGAGCCGGACGACCCUUGAACCCCCUCCCCGGGCCGGCCUUGGACGGACUCCCCUCUGCGGACUGCGGGACGAGGCGCUCCCACCUGUUUCCGCCGCGGAAUUCAGCCAAGGGGCGAAGCAAAGGCCAAGCGGCCCCGCGCAGACAGCCUGGCCUCCCCUCCCGGUCGGUCUUUUGGGCUGCCGGCGGAGCGCGCUGCCGUCCUCUCUUGCGCAACCGGCUCCAAGUGGACUUUUGCCAGGCCGGACGGAGGAGGCGCCCCACCCCGAAACUCCGGGUGGAGUCUGACAGACUUGGGGAGCCUGUGGGACAAGACUCUUGUGGGGGGGGGGCAGGAGAGAGAACUGUCACAUCAAGCCAGAAUGCGGGGAGGUUGUGAAGGCUGCAAGUCUGGCCAGGUCUGUGGGACAGGGAUGGAUCCUUGGGGUUGCCCAGAUCCACAGGUUCACGUGGGGGGGGUUUGCAGCCCUUAGGGAAGGGAGGCUCUCUGUGGCCUGCAGGAUAACCCCCCCUCCCAAUGUCCAAGAAUACUUUUGGGGUACCACUUUGGCCCCUCAUCCCAAGGAUGUUUCCGGGCCCCGGGGAGCCCCCAUUCUUUGCCUACUGGAAGAGGGGGAAGCGGGGGCAGCCCCCCCUCCUUCACAGGGCCAGAGAGACAGCACACAACACUACAAAUCUACAAAUGGCAAGUGUGUAUUUAUCAAAGCUCAAGAGUCCAAAUAAACUGACGGGUUUCGGGGAAGGUCCACGGGGCCAGGCGUCCAGCCCACGGCAGGGGAGGCCAACGUGCCCUGCCAGCCUCCUUCGCCCGCUAUUUCCAGAAACGAUCCAGCGCUGACCUGCGGGCUGCAGGAGCUGCGGCCUUGGGUGUCACCAGCUGCUUUGUCUCUGCCUUGGCAGCCAAGCUCUUCCGGAUCAGGGCCUGCCGGGAGGAAGGUGGCUGGAUGUGAACUGGAAUUGGCAGAAGCCCUCCGCCUCCCCCAAGGGCCCCCUUCCAAACUCCAGAGCCAGAUGAAACGCUUCAAAGAACUUGAGGCAUUGUUUACUUUGAGGCUGACACCAGGUGACCCAUCAGAUGGAUACUCCAGAAUCAAAUGUGAACCUUUUCUUACCCUCUGAUGUAUUAAAAGGAAACAUUUGGCAACCACA